UAGCAGUCAGCUGUCACUAUUCAUCACAACACUAUUAUUAAAUAACAAGCUGGUUGAAAUAAAUACUUGUUGUGGUUUUCUUUGAAUAUUUAUUUGUGAUUAUCGCGGCGUGGUUUAUAAAAAACUGUACAAAUGAAUCGCAACCAAGCAAGAAAAUGAUAACAUUCGGUAAUCCGAACACUUCAAACGCGGAGGAGUCUGGUGAAGUGAGAAGUAUUUGCGAAAGUGUUUGUAGUGAUGGGUCGAACGCUACAGUUCAGGCUGGGGCUUCAAACCAAAGGCCCAAAAUGGACAUAGCAUGUGUUUUGGACGUAUCCCAAACAUUAAAUUUGGCUCACAGAAAAAGAGCAUUAGAGGAAGUAAGAUUGGCCUCGGAUCUUGUAAAUGCAAAUUUACAUCACAUACAUUUUGAAAAACUUGAUUUCGGAGAGACCAGCGUACUCGACACAUUUUACAAUGCUGAUGUGGCGCUUGUGGACCUCAGUGUCCAAGUGCAGCAGAGUUCCCUACUGUACCACCUUGGGGUUAGAGAAAGUUUUGACAUGAAAGAGAAUGUCCUGCUUUAUAAUGAUGUGGACCCGGAUGCUACACUACGGCUUAAGAUAUCGCUACCGAAUUUCCUGUUCGUUUCUUAUAAACUAACUGAUGCCGGUACGUGUGUUACUACGAACCCAGCCGCUACUAAGUUCAAAGGGGAGGAAACAGCUGAUCCUAAACAGCAUCUCACUCUUAGAUUGAAGAAUAUACUGCAAGAUGUUGAAGUGCAAACAAAAGCGCAUCUACAAGAGAAAUUUCUCUCGGAUUUGCGCAAAGCGCGGGAAACCUACACCGGCUUGGAACUAUCGAACUAUUUGCACGCGAUGCGUCGGCGACUCGAUGACCCCGGUGUUCUAUCGGGCGACACGAUUCUUAACUUAUUGAUAUCGUACAGGGAGAUACAGGACUAUGACGCGAUCGUACAUAUUGUGGAUGAUCUCAAGACUAUUAUGAAUAGGAAGAACUAUGUCAAUAUGCCGAUUAUAAGGUUCAUGUAUGCGUUCGCUAUGAAUAGGAGAAACAAAGAGGGCGAUAGAGAAAACGCUUUAAAAGUAUGCGUAAAAGCAUUGGAGAAGAAGGAAAAUAGAUUUCCCGAUAUGUUGUGCUUAUGCGGGCGCAUAUACAAGGACAAAUUUGUAGAAUCUGAGCAUACUGAUUUGGAAAGUUUGACUAACGCAAUCCAUUGGUAUAGACAAGGAUUCGAGGUCCAACCAAACGAAUAUGCCGGCAUCAAUUUAGCAACACUUCUAGUCAUUGCUGGGAACGAUUUCAAAGAUUCUCAAGAACUACAACACAUAGGGCGAAUAUUAAAUCAUUUAAUAGGUAAAAAGGGCAGCCUAUCUUCACUAAAAGAGUAUUGGGAUGUGGCGACAUUUUUCGAGAUCUCAGUUUUAGCGCAGGAUUACGUGAAGGCGAUACAGGCCGCUGAGUGUAUGUUUAAGUUGAAACCGCCGAAUUGGUACCUGAAAUCUACUAUUGGAAAUAUAGAACUUAUUGACAGAUUUAGGAAGAAGAAUGAAGAUACGUCGCCUGAACAACAAGUUUUUUCGUUUUGGAUGGAGUUCUUCGUCGAGGCGACUAAGAGUAGCUGCGAUAAUAUUAUAAGAUUCCCUGUGAUUAUUCUGGAAACAACAAAAGAGUACAUGCCGUCGUAUGUAAAUGUGAAUAUGGGUGCGGAACAGAAAUCUGUGGAGAUAUUGAACCUAUGUCUCAAGUAUAUGCGCGGCGAGUGUCGGCAGGUUCAUAGAUGGCUCUUCACUUCUGAUAUGAUACGCACGUAUAGUUUAUACAAACGUGACGACAGAUGUCUCUUCCUAUAUGUGAGUGAGAAUUCAGAUGACUUCCAAAUAUUCCUGCCGUCGCAAAUGUUCCGGCAACGGUUGUAUGAUCUGUUGGGAGAGCUCACGGCUGAUCAUGAGAAGCUGGCCGACUUGGAUACUAGUGUUAUGCAGGAUCAAUUGAAAUUCGAAUACGAAUUGGACGAUUGCAACAAACGGGUGGUGCUCGGCAAGGGCACGUACGGUGUGGUAUACGCGGCGAGAGAUCUGAACACGCAGGUCCGGAUCGCAGUCAAGGAAAUACCGGAGAAGAAUCUCGGCGAUGUGCAACCGUUACAUGAAGAGAUAUUGUUGCAUUCGCAAUUGAGGCAUAGGAAUAUUGUACAGUAUUUAGGUUCAAUAUCAGAGGACAACUACUUCAAGAUAUUCAUGGAGCAGGUUCCGGGAGGUUCGCUGUCUGCUCUGUUACGGUCAAAGUGGGGUCCACUUAAGGAAAAUGAGGCCACUAUUGCAUAUUAUACUAAACAAAUUUUAGAAGGCCUCAAAUACCUUCACGAUCAGAAAAUCGUACACCGCGAUAUAAAAGGCGACAACGUAUUGGUGAACACGUACAGUGGUGUUGUAAAAAUAUCAGAUUUCGGCACGUCCAAGCGCUUGGCCGGCUUGUGUCCCUCCACGGAGACGUUUGCGGGCACGCUGCAGUAUAUGGCGCCUGAAGUUAUUGAUAAGGGGCAGAGGGGAUAUGGAGCUCCGGCUGACAUUUGGUCAUUAGGUUGUACUGUUGUGGAGAUGGCGACGGGAAAUCCACCAUUCAUGGAAUUGGGAUCCCCACAGGCAGCUUUAUUUAAGGUUGGAUAUUACAAGAUGCAUCCGGAAAUACCGAGUGAGCUGUCGCAGAAAGCGAAGAAUUUCAUCCUGCGAUGUUUCAUACCGGACCCGGAGAAGCGAGCUACGGCUGCUGAGCUGUUAGAAGAUCCAUUCCUAUGCGAGAAGAAGAAAGCAAGCAGCCGCCUCGGUAACAACGUGGACUACAGUCGCAGUAUAUCAGUUCCCGCCGAUAAAGCUAGAUCGGCUGUAGCUCAGAAGAAGAUAUCAGAACCUAGUUUACCUGGAAACGUGCCUAGCUCUCCGGAUAUCGAGGUUAAAACGGUCCGGUCUAACCCGACAAUCACUAGGACGGCGUCGUCAAUGCUGUCACCGAUAUUGAUAUACCCACCGGACCUAUCGAAUAGCAGUACAAUGCCGAACACUCCUUCUACUGACGACAUGGAUAACAAUGACACUAUUUUGAAUAGACGUAGUUCUUCGGGCGGCCUUUUAUCACCAGAGGUCGAUAUGACAAACGUGCCGCGGUCAUCAAUAGACAUAGAGCACGAUGGGUUCUACCUCCUUAAGAAAGAUUCACAGCGCCGUCUCACUCUCUCGCGUGUGUUAGAGCAGGACAGCGAGAAGAUCUGUUCGAAAUGGAUGACUAGUAUACAACAGGACUUUGGAAAUACUGUAUUGACUAUGAAUCAUCUAGAAACCCUCCGUUGCGCGCUCAAAGAGUACAUAAUGGAUCAAAACCGAGCGGUCAUAGAGCAAGCUAUAACCACCCUCAAGGAGGAUCUGGACUUCGACUCCAACGCAAUAAACGAGCUCCAUUCAGCCAUAUAUAUGUUCCAAGAGGCGGUGAACGUUGUCUUGAGAAUGCAUAGCAUUAAACCUCAUUGGAUGUUCGCAUUGGACAACCUGGUGAGGAACGCUGUGCAGGCCGCCAUCACUGUUUUAUCACCAGAAUUAGGUGCAAACCUAGCGGGUCAAGAUGGCCGACGGGAGCGCGGUAGCAACGAAGGUGCGACGCCAUCCGCAAUAUCCACCGCUACGUCCACACGAGACCAUCAGUUGCACCAAUUGAGACAUGAGAAUCACAAAUUACAACAGGAAUUAAUGGACAGCUAUCAGCAGUACCAAUCGCUGUUGCGACUUAUGUUAGAAGAGCAAAAGACACAGACGCAGAUUAUUCGAGAAUUCGUUGAGAAACGACCUAGAAUACACAGCACAAGAGAUGACGACGAUUACGAUGAAGAACAGUUCCAAGCGAUAAAGGAAUGGAUGACGUCACGCGGCGUGCCCGAAGAAGCUUCUAGAGCAUUGGCGCAUCAAGGCUUCUCAUUGGCCGACCUGUUGGUACACGCACAGAGGGAGGAUAUAGCUAAACUGAAUCUUAAGGGCGGCGUCGAGCUUCGUAUAUGGCGAGCGAUUUUAGAGCAUCGACUUCAAACGAACAACAACGUACUUCGCCGCACCAGCAGUACUGAAACCGACAUGGACACUAACUCCAUAGUCGUAGUUGAGUGUCAAAAGUGUAAGACCGCACGUACAUUGUCGAAUAACUCGUGUAGCGCCAACCCUACCAUAGUCAUACGGGAUCAAGUCAAUGGGGGGGAUGUGAACGAAUAUUAUUCAGGGAAUGGGGGUGUCGAUAUUUGACUAUUGCGAGGGUGGUGCACUCUACAGUAAAGCGACGUUUGAUAAAAAGAUAGUAGGGAAAUUAGGGAUGGCACCUUCUAGAUUUCUCAAAUGUGAAAGCCCUAACCGAUUUCAUGCUGGUCAGAAAUUUUCGGAAUGGAAGUAUUAGUGCCUUCAUUAUAUAUAAAGUAAUGUUAUGUUCACAGUAUAUAUUUACUCUUACUUCGAAAACCAUCUUUCAAAAUACAGAUAUAAUAAUUUUAUUUAAAUACCGUGUGCCAUUUACCAAUAUACAAAAUCAUAAUAAUAUAUCAAAGUAAGUUCAAAUAUUAAUGUUUUAAUAUAACCAAUAAGUUUACGCAUGAAAUCAAAAGCACAUCUUUCUCAAAUAUAUGUGAUGUAGAUAAAAUUAACGCAAUAAAGAUCGAGCAAUAGCUUAAUAGGUAAUCAAUUAGGCAAAAGACUUACGCUAAAUUAACAUUAAGAAUACACGAGUUUGAAUAACCCGCUAAUGUCGCUUCAAAUAAUGCCUUGAGUGUGUCACCCAUAUUUAUUCAUGUAUUUUAUAGUAUUAUGUUCGUAGGAUUAUUAAAGACGACUACAGCUUCCUUAUUCUCCUUUAAUAGGACUAAGUGUCUUAAUAAAAAUAAUUCGAAUAAACGUGGAGUUUAGACAACAAAGAAAAUAAACCAAUAACGAUACAUACAAACAAUUCUGUGUUCUGUGUGCAGUUUACCCAGUCGAUAUAUUUACAUAAAACAAAUAAGUAUCGCAUGGUUUAAAAGAACUCUAUUUUAUCUGUGGUUCAGCUUUAUUAUGAGUUCAUGAGAUUAGAUGGCAUUACAAUGCCCGAUUGUAAUUUUCGAAGCAUCAUUUACGCCUUGAAUUACUAGAAAGGAGCAUAGAUAAUAGAACACAAGUUUUGAAAUAGAGUUUUGGCGCAUCGUAGAAAUGCAGAGAGGUAUAAUAGAUAUUGUUGGGAACACGACCGCGUGUUAACGGAAAUUUUCGACGAUUAGAAAGAGAUAGAAGAUCUGAUUGUCCCUUUUCUACCUACUAAAGCAACAUACUGUAUUGCUAUGCUUUUAUUUCGCGCAAUUUCAUUUGCUCACGUGCGGGCUGAAGAAAAGGUAAGAUCUUCUUUCUCUUUCCAACGAAGGGACUUAUGCAAGUUUGCAUUAUCUAUUGCUGUUAAAAUCACCUUGAUUUUUUAAUCAUCCUACUUACUUAUUGUUAAUGUAAACUGUUGUUAAGUCUAUAUUAAUGUUUAGUGUUGUUAAGUUUAUUGAUCUAGAUGGCGUAUACGUUAGAACUGGGAGAAUUAAUGAUAACUGCAGAUGAUGAAAUUAGAACAACUUAUGCAUAUAUAGAAAAACUUCUGAAGUGUUCUUUUGAUGUCAUAUAAGUGCAGUGUUAUGUUUUUUAAACGAGUUAAAAUACGCGACAAGAUUAUUUUGGCAAUUGGGAAGGAAAUUUCAUUGACUUAAUACUGAAGCAGCCACUGCGGCCACUUAGGAAUUCAUUACUCCUUAAUUUUUGCAUUUCGUAUAAAACCAUCCGAGUCCGAUUUCGAAUGAAAUUAAUAGCAAUUAAUUUGUUAUUUGUGGUUUAAUAAACCUUAAGACAAUCAUUGUAAAGGUUUUCCGUAAUAACAUCGGUCAAAUAUACGUCAAAAUAGCCUUGUCGGGGUGUAUGAAGAAGACCCAACUAAACUAUAAACAUGAAAUAAUCGAAUAAAAAUAUUUCUUUACACGACUUUAGAGCGUAUCGUUAAAUUGAUACCACGAAUGUUAUAUGAAAGUUCAAUCUAAUAUAAUAUAGAUGUAUUUAUUUACUAGUCUAUUGUAAAUAAUAUUCACACAAACGCAUAAUAAUAGGCGAUUAAGUGUCGCUUCACACCGGCUUAUCGUUCAUGCUUUAUGAUGUGGUGCUAACAUUGUGAUUUUGAUGUGAAGUGCCUUUAUACGCUUUAGAGUUGAUUCCAAAAUGAAAUAUUGUUAAAAUGAAAAAAUGUUCAAUUCGCUUAAUCGUUUUAAGGAGUUUAUAAAUGUUGUAAGUGAAAAAUAAUUAUGAAAUACAAUGUAGUGAUAAGGUUAAUUAAAAUAUCAGUGUUGUAUGAAAACGUUCUUCC